UUCCUACAAGUCUCAAAGCAUCCAUCAUACCAUUAGCGUAAAACAGAAGUUAACUUGUUCUUGUUCCUGUGGUAGCUAUUCAAUCUAUUCAAGAUUUUUAAUUCACCUUCGAAAAUUUAUUCGACCAUGGAGGCAAUCAAGACUCUCGCAAAAGAAAUACGAAAUGCUGCAGCUACUGCGGGUGAAGCUGGCCGCAAAGAGCUGUUGAAUUCACUGAGAGAUCUGCAAUAUUCUAUCGAGAAGCCAGAAGAUACAAUGCAGAGAGUCAUCCAUCUACACCUCGUCAUUGCUAUCACUAGAACCGCCGUUGAUCUUAAACUUUUCAAUAUUCUUGGUGAUUUAGAUGGCCCUCUAUGCCUACAAGACUUGGCCACCAGAACUGGUGCUGACCCAGCGCUUCUCAGGAGAAUACUCCGCAUGCUGUCAUCGUUAGGGAUGAUCAAAGAAACAGGAGAGGAUCGAUUUGCUUCGAGCCAAACCAGCAAAAAUCUCUCCAUCGCUGAAAUACAAGCCGGUCUCUACCACAAUUACGAUGUCCUCGGUCCCGCCUACCAGGUUCUUCCAGACUUUCUCGCUUCUACAAAGUACCAAACUCCCACAGAGACACAUAAAGCGGCGUUCCAGAAAGCUUGGAAUACAGAUUCGCCUUUAUGGUCAUGGUUCCAAUCGCGGCCCAAGGAAACAGCACAAUUUAAUCGCUUUAUGAUCGCACAGCGAUCCAGCACACCCAACGCCUUUAACUUCUUCCCGAUCGAAGAGGAAUGCAAAAACUGGCCUGCGGAGAAACCACUCUUUGUCGAUAUAGGAGGAGCCUCGGGUCAACAAUGUAUUGAGUUCCGAAAAAGAUUCCCUGAUAUCAAAGGUCGCGUUAUAUUCCAGGAUCUACCCGGAGAAAUCGAGCAUGCCGUCUCCCAAGAUCUACCCGAUGGAGUCGAGGCCAUGGUCCAUGAUUUCUACACUCCGCAGGUCAUAAAAGGUGCGAAAUUCUAUUAUCUGCGUGCUAUCCUCCACGACCAUCUCGACGAUAAAGCGAUCCUCAUUCUGAAGAAUAUCAUGCAAGUCAUGGAAAAGGAUUCCUUGAUCUUACUCGAUGAAAUUGUGUUGCCAAAUUAUAAUGUGGACUGGUUUGCUACUCAAACAGAUUUGACUAUGCUGGCAGCGUUCGGCUCGAUGGAGCGAACGGAAGCGCAGUGGAAAAGUCUUUUAGAUGGUGUGGGAUUGAAAAAUACCAUCUAUGCCUCUCCAAAUAGCUCUCUAAAUCAACGAGGCUAUCUUGUUGGAACAUCAGGAAUCAACUCUUCCGACGUUGCUAACGCAAUUCUUGAUCGAUUCGGUGGAAAGAAACCAAUAGUUCCAGGUCGCGAUUUCGCUGGUACAGUCAUCCAAGCCCCAUCUGACCCCCAACUUGAGGGCACUGAGGUGUACGGAAGUUCUGGUCGAGAAUUGAGUCUCUCCAUUGAUGAAACUCAUACCGAAUAUAUCGCAGUACCUGUAGAAGGCUUGACUCUCAAGCCCAAAUGUCUCAGUUGCACUCAGGCAUCGGCUGUGGGUGUCCCAUACUCGACUGCUUAUCUAAUGCUGGAGAAAGCUGCUGCACGUUCUGGAGAUGUGGUCCUGAUUUUUGGCGCCAGAGGAGCGGUCGGAAAGGCUGCAAUAGAACUUGCGAAUGCUAAAGGGCUCAAGACCAUCACUGCAUCUAGGGUAGAUAGUGCUGAUGUGAAUGUUGCAUCGGAUGAGAACUUGAAGAACGUGUUGGAGUUGAACAAUGGACGAGGGCCUACUAUUAUUCUUGACUGUGCAGGAUCUCCUGUUUUGAUGGAGAAGGGACUUGCCAUUCUGGAAAAUUCCGGACGAUAUGUUUUCGUAUCCGGCAUGAGAGGCGGUGGGCCAGAAGUCAAAAUCAAUGUCAUGAAGAUGCUAGCGAUGGAUCAAAGCUUGCAUGGAGUCAAUAGCUGGAGCCUCACCUUAGCUGAGACAAAGGACCUCAUGGCUAGGUUAGGAAGAAUGUUUGAAGAUGGAGAAAUCAAGGGCCCCGAUGAAGAGUGUUUGACCAAAAUCAAAGUUACAGAUGCGGUUGGAGCAUAUCAGGAGGUUGCAAAAUUUGAUGGAAAGAAAUUCGUGAUUGCCAUGGACGAUCAGUAA